AUGGCAGCCUCCCAGCUGGUGCUGUCCCUGCUGGCUGCAGCUCUCCUGCUGCACGUGGCCACCGCGCUGAAGGUCGGCGCCUUCAACAUCAAGGCCUUUGGGGACACCAAGAUGUCCAACCAGACCGUGGCAAACAUCAUCGUCUCUAUCCUGUCGGAGUACGACAUCAUCCUGGUGCAGGAGGUCCGGGAUGCCGACCUGAGUGCCGUGGACAAGCUCAUGGACCAGCUCAACAGUGCUUCUGGGCAGCCCUACAGCUUUUUGGUCAGCAUCCCCCUGGGUCGGACCAGCUACAAGGAGCAGUACCUCUUUGUCUACAGGUCGGACAUGGUCUCUGUGCUGGGAAGUUACUACUACGACGAUGGCUGCGAGUCCUGUGGGAACGACACCUUCAGCAGGGAGCCCUUCAUUGUGAAGUUCUCCUCGCCCACCACACCUGAGGUUCAGGAGUUCGUGUUGGUGCCCCUGCAUUCCGAGCCCAGCCAUGCAGCGGAAGAGAUCGACGCGCUCUACGACGUCUACACCGACGUCAUCAACAAGUGGGGGACUAAUGACAUCAUCUUGCUGGGUGACUUCAACGCCGACUGUGCCUACGUGACCAGCUCGCAGUGGCCGUCCAUCCGCCUGCGCUCCCUGCGCGCCUGCGAGUGGCUCAUCUCCGACAGCGCCGACACCACCGUGGCCGACACCAAACUGUUGCCUACGCGCAUCGUCGCCUGCGGCACCGCCCUGCGCCAAGACAUCGAUCCCGGCUCCGCCACCGUCAACAACUUCGAGCAGAAAUUCCACCUCCAGAGGAAGGAUGCUUUGGCCGUCAGUGACCAUUUCCCUGUGGAGGUGACCCUGAAAGCCCGCUGAGCCUGUCCCUGUGCCGGUGGCUACCAGGACAUCCCGGCGUGCACCUGCAGCCUUUGUGGAAGCCCACAUGCCACAAGUGC